AUGACGACGAACCAGUUAUCCGAAGAUCCAGCUGGCUUUGUUUUGACAGCCGAGGCUUUGGGACAUGCUAUUCCAAGCAUGGCAAUCGCUACCAAGGCUAUUCACGCGGAUGAUUUCCCAAACGCGCCAUUAGACUCACACAUUUACUCCCGUUAUUCGGCCCCUAACACCACUCGGCUCGAAGUUUUGCUGGGCAGCCUCUUCGGUAGCCAGGUAGUCACUUUCUCUACCGGCCUCGCAGCAUUUCACUCGAUGUUGAUAUUAUUGAAUCCGAAGCGCAUCUUUAUGGGAGAUGGCUAUCACGGUUGUCAUGGCGUGGUUGAUGUGAUGAACAAACUGACGGGAAUCCAAAAAUUUGACCUGACGGAACUGGAGCACUUGAGUGCUGGGGAUGUUAUUCAUGUUGAAACACCUUGGAAUCCCACCGGGGAAGCUCGAAAUCUUGCCUAUUUCUCUGCCAAAGCUCGCCAGAAAGGCGCCUUUCUGACUGUGGACUCAACGUUUGCCCCACCGCCGCUACAGGACCCUUUGCAAUUCGGUGCCGACAUAGUCAUGCACAGCGGCACCAAGUAUGUGGGUGGUCACUCGGACAUGCUAUGCGGAAUUCUGGUUGUGCACCCGGAUCGUGUCCGAGAAGGGUGGGCCGAGACUCUCCACGCAGAACGCAGAGUACUCGGCAAUGUUAUGGGGAGCUUUGAAGGGUGGCUUGGAAUGCGAUCUGUUCGCACAAUGCACUUGCGGGUUCUGAGACAAGCGGAUACGGCCAGAAAACUAGUGCACUGGUUGAAUCAGCAGCUGCAAGAUCCGCAAACCGUCAUUUCCAAGUUUUUGGGUACAGUGAAGCACGCUUCGUUGCAGCAUGAGGAUUUGCAUGACGGUUGGCUUCAAAAGCAAAUGCCUGGUGGGUUCGGUCCGGUUUUCUCUGUAAUAGCCAAGAGCGCAGAGCUUGCCAAGCGUUUGCCGGGCAGGUUGUAUAUUUUCCAGCAUGCGACUAGUGUUGGCGGCGUGGAGAGCUUGAUGGAAUGGCGAGCCAUGACACACGAAGGCUGUGAUAAACGGCUGCUUCGCAUCAGCUGCGGUAUUGAAGAACUAGAUGAUCUCAAGGCAGACUUGGUUCAGGGCAUGAAGUCAUUGAUACCCGAGGAUUAG